AUGCUCCCAUUCGACCAGGCGUCUCAAGUAGCCUCUGCUGAGGAAGCCCUACUCAUUGCCUUCUCGUCAGCCGCGACUUGCACCCCUAAUUCCAAGCACCUCACACGUCUUCUUCAGCUUGUUUCCCGAAUAGCAUGCGUGCACGGCGAUGAGCUGACUACAACCUGUCUUUCGAGCGAUGCGGUUCAACUGUUUGUCGCACAACUCGCAAAUAAGAAGCAUGCCUGUUUCCCUACCGCGUCUGAGCUGAUGUCUGAAGUACUUCAAAAGGUCACUGAAUUCUCGUCCGACCAGGAUGAACAUAGUGCAAAUCCACAGAGUCAUGAACCCAUGGAAACGGAUCAGGAGGACGCCUGUAGCUCCCCUGCUUCUCCGAGAAUCUUAUUCCGUUGUUUGAUUAAACCACCACAUCCGGUCGAUUUCAUCGUUCAUCAUUCUGUCUCCAAACCUUGUCAGUUUUUGUUGCAAAGAGCUCCCAAAAUGCUGGAUUCCGUGGACCUAAUGAGAUAUGCCCAGCAGCUUAUGCUGCUCUUCACCGAACCGAAGAUACCGCACCCAACUGCUUUCACAAAAAAAAGAGAAGAGCCAGAAACCGUUCCAAUUCACAAUAUCGAUACUAUUCGAGUUUUCGUAGCCAAUAACCUGCAAAUCCUACUACAUGCCAGUGUUCAUCAUUCGGACGAGUUGUUCACAAGCCUUACCAAACCGGUGCUUGAAUUUCUUGUCACCACUGGUUUGGACUCCUUGUCCUCCCCAGAUUCAGCUCCACUACUCGGAACCAAAGUUAUCUCACGCAAGGUUUCUACAGCCUGUUGGGUUGCUUUGUUCCGUUUCGUGAACAAUUUACUUCCCCGUUCGGCCCACGCGGAUAGCAAAUUGCAAACGACGCAGUGUGGCUUAUCUCGUGUACUGCUUUGUUUGUUACAAACAGUCUGUAAGAAACUAGGUGCACUUCAAGCCGAUGUAGAUGACUUGAUUUUCAAUAACAUUGUACCACAAUUACGUCAUUCAGCUAAUCUUUUGAAGAACAUGGAGUCCAAGGACACACUGGGAACUUGUAUGGUGCAGCUGUAUGCAAUCGCUUGCUUGUUCGCCCUAUCUCAACCUCCAGAAGGUAAGCGUUAUUUUCUCUCCUGA